AUGGCGGCAGUACAGGAUACCUUAGGGCCCAUGAUGAAUGCUGUUAAUUGGGCGUUGACAGCAUUGGCGGGAACGUUUCUUGGUCUACGACUGUAUUGCAAGUUCAGUCGUCACAGGGGGUUAUGGUGGGACGAUCACAUCUUAAUAUUCGCUUGGGUAUGCCUUAUCGUCGCUGUCGGGUUCAUUACCAGCUCGAUUUCAUUAGGAUUUACCAGCCCGGCAGGACCUCAAACCCCUGAGGCUGCCAUUCGACUUCAAAUCCACGGAGGUGUACAGAAUGUAUUUUUCGGAUUGGCCACGGUUUUGAGCAAGACCUCGUUCGGAGUUACACUGAUGAGAGUCACUGAAGGCCGCAUGAAAAUGCUUGUCCUAUUUCUCACCGUCACUAUGAACAUAGCCGUGUUUCUAUACAUUAUAUUCACCUUCUUUAAAUGCAAGCCGGAAAUAUAUUCUUGGAUCAAAGGGCCCGGUUGCUGGAGCACCGAGAAAUAUAUUCACUACGGUAUAUUUGCUGGUGGCUACUCCGCUUUCGUGGAUUUCUCGUUUGCGAUUAUCCCCUGGUUUUUGAUCAUGAACCUUCAAAUGAGGACGAGAGAAAGAUUCGGCGUUGCUAUUGCUAUGAGCUGCGGUGUAAUUGCUGGAAUAACCGCCGUGAUGCGAUGUAUCUAUCUGCCACUCCUCACUAUCGGGACAUUCUCGACUCAAGGCACAACACUGGUAAUAUGGUACGUAGCUGAAUCGUCGGCCACCAUCGUCGCGGCAUCAAUCCCUGUUUUACGAGCCUUGAUCAAAGAAAUAUCCUCGUCCAUGGACCGUUACAACCGUAGCACUGGCAAUAAAUCAGGCCUAAAGAGUCAUACGAAAGGCACCCCGAGGGGCCUACAUGCUAGCAAUGUUGUAACGACAGUUAUCAGUUCUCGGAGAGAUCCACAUGAUCCCCACGGCGACGCGAGUAGCGAUAAAAGUAUUCUCGAUGGAGCACACGCACCGGGAAAAUCCUCCGAGGGGAGUAGAGGGAUUAUGCAAACACAAGAAGUCAGGUUGAGUUAUCACGACCGAAGCGACAAUGACAGCGAACAAGGAUACGAGAUGGAAUCUAUGGGAAGGAAGUCGCCUUAA